AUGACAUCGGAUCACGUGCAAUCAAGCAGUCGACCCUUGACUGACACGGCAUACCUCGCCCGUCUAGGCAAGCAGUCCCGCCUCCCACGCACGUUCGGCUUCAUGUCCCUAUUAGGUUUCUCCUCUUUAUCACUAAUCUCUUGGGAGGGUAUUCUUGUCACUUCCGUUGGUGCGCUACGUAAUGGCGGUUCUGUGGGAGUUGUUUGGGGCUUUCUUUUUAAUUGGCUUGGAAUGCUAUGUAUUUUUGGCACUCUCGCAGAGCUCGCCAGCAUGGCGCCGACGUCGGCUGGCCAAUAUCACUGGGUUGCCAUGAUGGCACCAAAGCGGUGUAGACCGUUUCUAACCUAUCUGACGGCCUGGCAGGCUUUCACAGCUACCACAGGAUUCCUCGUCGCUACGCUGCUCCAAGGCAUCGUCGUAGUCGCCACGUCGGCGUACCGUCCGCAGCCCUGGCACACGAUGCUUCUCAUUUGGGCAGUCGUGGCCUUCGCUGGGUUCAUCAAUUCCACUACGUCGCGCACAUUGGCCAAGCUAGAGGGCGGCAUCCUCAUUUUCCACAUACUUGGCUUCUUCAUAGUCAUGAUUCCGCUCGUCUAUCUAGCUGAGCACCGGGAUGUUGCGUUCGUCUUUGAAGUUUUCCUGAAUGAGGGUGGUUGGAGCAGUCAAGCUCUCUCACUGGGUGUGGGGCUGCCUGCGACGGCUAUGAGUCUUCUUGGGGCAGAUAGCGGCGUGCAUAUAUCUGAGGAGAUUCAGUCCGCUCCCAAAGUCGUCUCCCGUGCACUUAUGUCCACGGUAGUCAUCAACGGCACCCUUGGCUUCGCCAUGGCCAUUGCCAUGCUGUUCUGCAUGGACGACUUGCAACGCACGCUCGAUACAGAAGAGACAUUAUAUUACCCGUUUCUUCACAUCUUCCACUCCGUCCUGCGAUCAGCCACCACAGCAUGUGUGCUUGCCGCCAUUGUUCUGUUCAUGGGACUUAUGAGCGGCAUUGGGGUCUACGCCUCUGCAUCUAGAAUGCUGUGGGCCUUCUCGCGAGAUGCAGGAAUGCCUAGCCAUAAGCGCCUCGUUCAGCUCACUUCGCAAUCAACUCCGAUCAAUGCCAUUUCAACAACUGUUGUUACUACUGUCCUCCUGCCCCUCCUUAUUCUCGGCUCCACGGUCUCCUUUAAUGCACUCAUUGGUCUUACUGUCGCUGGACUUUACAGCACCUACAUUCUUGUCUGUGCCCUUUUGCUCUAUCGGCAUGCGAAGGGCGAUAUUCGCCAUCUGGAGGCCUAUUCUAUCACCUACACCGGCUUGACAUGGGGCCCAUGGAGGAUACCUGGGUUGCUAGGCUUCGCAAACAAUCUCCUAUCGUGCCUCUACCUGCUCUUUGUGCUCUUUUGGAGCUUCUGGCCGCCUCAGACGCCAACACCGGUAGAGAAGGUGAACUUUAGUCCCGUUAUAUUUGGCGCGGUUGUUAUAGUUUGUAUAGGGUGGUAUUUACUCGUCGCAAGGCAUCACUUCAAGGGACCGCUGAGGGAGACUGCAAGCUAA